CCGAGGUACUAGGCCCUGCUGUUUUUCCAACUCCAGUUCAACCCAACGCAGCCAGCUAAAGCAAAACAAGCAGCAGGAAAAUCCCGAUGAACGGAGGAAAGACAAGAACUGGUUCCUACUCUUUGGGCUGUGUUAAUAUCCAUUUCCAGCCUGCUACUCCACACUGAUGUGCUGUCCCCUUUUUAGGUGGACAUUUUGAACCGAGCAGGUAUACUGAGACCACAAGCUGCAGGGUGUUGGCUGCCUUACAGGAAAUCUUUGAAAGUGACGAAGAUCUGUGGAAAAAAAAGACUUUGCUGUCCUGGUCCAGUGCCAUAGUGUCUCCAGACGAACCAUGUGAUCAGCAGAGCAUCCCAUGUAGCUGUCAUGUUGUACGUCCACACCCGAACCCGGCGGAAAGCUCAGCUCAGCAAGGACCCCUUAACAACCCCUGGCCUUUGACACCGGUUCUCCUCACUGACUCCUGUGACGACAGCCCUCUGCCAUCCCCACUGUGUAUCCGCAUCCUACACCACCCUCCUCAUCCUCCCAAACAGUCGGCUGGACAGGAGGUUCAUGCACAAAUGUCUACCUCACGAUUAAAAGCCGCCUCUCCUCCACUGCGACCGUGAACAGCCUACAAGAUGACCUCCAGCAUAGGCGGGGACGAUGCAAGCAGUAUCUUUGAUGGGUUAAUGGAAGAAGAUGAAAAGGACAAAGCAAAACGAGUGUCUCGUAACAAGUCAGAAAAGAAGCGCAGAGACCAGUUCAAUGUCCUCAUCAAGGAGCUGGGCACCAUGUUGCCAGGCAACACCCGGAAGAUGGACAAAUCCACCAUUUUACAAAAGAGCAUUGACUUCCUGCGCAAGCAUAAAGAAAUCGCUGCACAGUCAGAGUCGAGCGAGAUCCGACAGGACUGGAAACCUCCUUUUCUUAGUAAUGAAGAGUUCACACAGCUGAUGCUGGAGGCAUUAGACGGCUUCUUCCUAGCAAUUAUGACAGAUGGGAACAUAAUCUACGUGUCAGAAAAUGUUACAUCUCUACUGGAACAUCUUCCUACUGACCUGGUGGAUCAGAACCUAUUGAACUUCUUGCCGCUGGGAGAACAUUCAGAUGUGUAUAAAGCCUUGUCAUCUCACAUACAGGAGGGAGAGACGGUAACGCCAGAGUAUCUGAAAACUAAAAACCAGUUAGAGUUCUGUUGCCACAUGCUACGUGGAACCAUCGACCCCAAAGCGCCUCCUGUCUACGAGUAUGUCAAGUUUAUCGGAAACUUCAAGUCCCUUAAUAAUGUGCCUAACUCAACACGAAAUGGCUUGGAAGGGAUUAUACAGCGGUCACUCCGGCCGGCUUUUGAGGACCGAGUCUGUUUCAUAGCAACUGUGAGAUUAGCUAAACCACAGUUUAUCAAGGAGAUGUGCACUGUGGAAGAACCCAAUGAAGAAUUCACUUCCAGACACAGCUUAGAAUGGAAGUUUCUCUUUUUGGACCACAGGGCUCCGCCCAUAAUAGGUUACCUGCCGUUUGAAGUUUUGGGCACAUCUGGGUAUGACUACUACCAUGUGGAUGACCUGGAGACUCUGGCCAAAUGCCAUGAACACUUGAUGCAGUAUGGGAAAGGGAAGUCAUGCUACUACAGGUUCCUGACUAAAGGGCAGCAGUGGAUCUGGCUCCAGACUCACUACUACAUCACCUACCACCAGUGGAACUCCAGGCCUGAGUUCAUCGUCUGCACGCACACUGUCGUCAGCUACGCUGAGGUGAGAGCUGAGCAGCGCAGAGAGCUAGGCAUUGAGGAGUCACCUCCAGAAGUCUCUGCAGUAGAUAAGCAGUCUCAGGACUCUGGUUCUGAAUCUCAACACCAGCUGAACACCUCCAGCCUGAAGGAGGCCCUGGAGCGCUUUGACCGCAGCCGCACACCCUCCGUUUCGUCUCGCAGCUCCAGGAAGUCCUCGUCCCACACCGCUAUCUCCAACCCGGCCUCGCCUAAGCUGAAGACAGACAGGGGUACAUCGGGGUGCCAGUCCGUCUCUGCUAUCGAGAUGACAUCACAGCGGAGGUCGUCCAUCGGCAGUCAGCAUUCAAUGAGCUCCCAGCACACCCAGAACACGGGGCAGAACAUGGUCCCAUCGAUGGUUUCACAGCAAACACAACAUCAGCAACAACAACAACAACUACUGCAACAGCGGCAACCACCACCACAACAACAACAACAACAACAGCUGCAGAUUCAGCCCAGUGUCCAGCCCAUGGUGCAGUUCUCCACCCAGCUGGAUGCCAUGCAGCACCUGAAGGAUCAGCUGGAGCAGAGGACCAGGAUGAUUGAGGCCAACAUCCAGAGGCAGCAGCAAGAGCUCCGGCAGAUCCAGGAAGAGCUCCAGAAGGUGCAGGGCCAGGGCCUACAGAUGUUCCUCCAGCCCGGCACAGGUGGUCUGACUCUGGGCUCUGUGCAGCUGGCCCAGGGGCCCUCCAUGCAGCCAGGGGGCGCGCUCACCAUGCAGAGCCAGGUGAUGUCUACAGGCAGCCUGCAGGGAGGCGCGCAGCAGCAGCAGCACGUGGUCCAGCAGCAGGCCCCGCCUCAACAACAGAACCUGCUGCGCGACACAAGUUCUGUCCUAUCGCAGUCUUCGGUGCGGUCCACCCACUCGCUGACACCCCAGCAGAGUGCACUGCCGGCCUCCCUCUACAACACCAUGAUGCUCUCCCAGCCCAACCAGGCCAACGUGGUCCAGAUCGCCACCAGCCUGGCCCAGAACAGCAGCAACAGCACCGUGGGCACCUUCGCCCAGGACCGCUCGGGACAGAUCAGGUACACGAUGCCACCAGCGGGGUUCCCCGCCGGCUCCCAGCUGCUGACGAAGCUGGUGACGGGCCCGAUGGCGUGCGGGGCAGUCAUGGUUCCCACAUCCAUGUUCAUGGGUCAGGUGGUGACGGCGUUCGCUCCGCAGCAGGGUCAGACCCAGACCAUCAGCAUCGGCCAGCAGCAGGAGCAACAGAACCAGGCCCAGACCCAAGCCUCGGCCGCGCAGCAAGGACAGGCCCAGCAGCAAACCCAGUUCCUCCAGGGCCCUCGGCUGCUCCACGGAAACCAGUCCACCCAGUUGAUCCUGCAGGCGGCGUUCCCACUGCAGCAGCAGGGAGCGUUCGCCGCCACGCAGCAGCAACAGCAGCAGCAGCAGCAGCUCCAGCAGCAACAUCAGCAGCAGCAGCAGCAGCUCCAACAGCAGCAACAGCAGCAGCAGCAGCAGCUCCAGCAGCAGCAGCAACAGGAGCAGCAGCUGGCCUGUCACCGGGCAGAGAGCAUGUCCGGCAGCUCCUGCACGCAGCCCCAGUAGCGUGGCUCCAGCCGUUCUGACAGGUCGACCCGAAACCGAAGGCCAGGUCUGUCUGUCCGUCCAUGCGUGCGCGCGACGGGCCGAGGAGGUGAAGCAGAUCUCCGUUGAGAAAGCAGUGUUGAGACCGUGCCUCCGAGGCCGCCCUGCUUCGGAUGGACGACUGGAUCAGCGGGUUGGGUUAGAUUGGGUGGACGCUUGCUGUGGAUCUCUGGCUGCCUGCACUUAACUCGCGAGCCACUGGAGCUUCAGAGAGAGAACUAUGUUGUGAACACGGGGUUGCUCUGACUCUGCCCUGAACUCUUACCCCACUUAAAGCCCCCACUCUGUGGAGGUCCCCACACUGCGGUGACAGGGAGAACCCUGCGGCCCCGCCAGUGCUUGUCCCCUUCCCCCUUUGUGUGUGUUCAGUGUGUGUGCUCCUGUCACCCUCACAUCACUAAUUUAUGCAGGAUGAUCCUAUUGAUGUCCUGGAGCUUCAAUCCAGGCUUAAAGUCCUACGAAAAACAGACAGCAGACUGAAGCUUGGUUUGUUUUAGUGUUCCCCCCCCUCCUAUUACUGUUUUUAAUGUCAAAGUAAUUAUGGGUCAGAAAAUAUUUUUAAGAAUGUCAUGUGGAUUGAACUUUUAUUGUACAGAACACAUGUAAAAUAGUAUGUACAUAUAUGGACAAAAAGAAAGAGAACUAAUAUUUUAUAUGAUGCAUGAAAUGAAGUGUAGUCUGUUAUUUGUAGCUUUGAAUAUACUUUUUUCUUCUCUGUAGUACUUUAUGAAAAAAAGCAAACCUAACGUGCUUAAUGGCAGAUGUUUCCACAAAUGUCCUUCUUCCCUGGGGGGUGUGCGUGUGUGUGUUUCGGACACCGCUGAUGCUACUGUUUGUGUCACAGUUUGUUUCAUCCUUUCUCACUCUUGUAGUCUUAGUAAAACUCCUCUAUUGAGAUUAAAAAAAUGAAAUGUUUUAAAGUUACAAUAUUUUUUAUAGAAUAUAUAGACAUAUAUUAUAGUUGUCCAAACAAACAUGUUGAGGACUUUAAAUAGAUACAUAAUCUUACUAAAAAAAGUAUUUUAAAUAGUAAAUAAAACAAAGACCCACAGUUGACCAAAUAGAUUUUAAAUGUAUCCUAUGGAAACCUUAUGAGCUCAUGGAAACCUUAUGCCAUAACGCCUCAUAACAGUUGCCAUAGCUAUUCAGAAGCGCGUUUUACUUAAACUGUCUUAGACUGUAUCUAUCUGUAGUUUAUUUAAGCCUGAAACAUUCUAUUUCAAACUAAAGGAAUUACUGUUUUAAAGGGAUAGUUUACUCAAAAAACAGCUUUUAGUAUUUUGUUCAUUAGUCCAUUGACAAUACAAUCCCCUUAACCUUUCCUGAUAUAGCACUUUUAGCACAGAGAAAAUGCAAAUGCAUUUGGCAUCAUAUGCAAUUGAAGUCAGUCAUAUUUCAGCACAUAAUCAGACAUUUGCACAGUUUAGAAUUGUUAUGGAUACUGAAUCACUUUAGCAUUGACUCUUUAGAAUGAAUGAAAUGCUUUCCUUCAUGUUCCUAUUCUUUCCUGUUUCAGCCAGCAGCUGGUGUAUGUUUAGGACAUUUAUCUCCAACAUUUAUUUAUAUGGAUUGUAAUGGUCAGAACAACAAGUGACCACUAUCUUCCUUCUCUUCAAGUUGCUAGUACUUUACAGGUAGCACAUAUUGAAAUGGAUAUUGACAUUUCUCAUAUUUACAGGCAGUACUUGUUUGAAUAGGUAGAAUACUGAAAUCACUGGUUGAUGUUACCUGUGUAGAUUAUGGCCCAGUCUAGACAAAAACACACUUAAGACAUUUACAUGAAGCAGGUGCUAUUAGAGUUAGUUAAUUAAACCAUUAUCAUACAGCAGUGUGUACUCUGUGUUGUGAGGGAAUGUGCUGGUGGUCUGAUUUUGUGCUAAAUAGGUGUCAGAUGCUAUGGCUAAUAGAAAGGAGCUUCUCAAACCUCUACUGCCGGGGACCCACAGCCAUUCCAUGUAUUACAUUUAUUCUAAAGCUGGCACACUAAAAUCAACUUGUUUUCUAAUGAUUAAGUCAUUGACUAGUUCAUUCAGGUGAGCUAAUUCAGGGCUACAACAGCAUUGUGAGAUAUCUUAGGAUCCCCAGGUUUGACAACCACUAUAAUAUAAAAGAGACUUAUGGAGACGGCAGGGUUUUCUGCAUUGGGUGUCCAGGUUUCUAUGGUAACCGUUGUCAUGUGGGGCUCUUGGCGAUUAGCAUCUGGUUCUCCUAGUUCUUUCUUGUUAGUCCCUGUGAUGACACUAGCAGUAGCUGUCAUGAAUGUUAUCUUGGCAUGUUCAUGGUCAGCUUUCCUUUAUUAUGCUUGCUACAUUUUUUGUUUUGUGAGGAUCCUGAAUCGUGCUCAGAAAGACUUGCAUCAGGAUUGUUUGAAACCUGCAUAGCGCCACUGUUUAUUGGUGGAAGUUGUCAAAUCACAUAUGUCAUAUCAAACCUCUUGUAUCACAGAAGAACACUGUGUAGAAUGUCAGGUCAUUUCCUCUACUGGUCUCUCACAAGGCUGGCUGGUCCAAUUUACUGUAUGUUCAUGUUGCAGUACCUCAUGGAAAAACAGUCCUGUGCCCUUGAGUUCAUAUUGCAGUAAGUCACCCAAAGCCUCCUAGUCUCUGCUUGUUUGAAUUCAUGCAAAUAGUGGCCACUUGCUCUGCAUUUCCCCAUACAGUGGAACUAAAACUGGUACACAGUUAGCGUUUUGCCAAUAUUUCAUAUCAAGACACAAUUUAACCAACAUGUUGUAUAGAAUGUUCUGUGGCUCUUAAUAGUUGGUUGGUCACUGUGAUUUUAUGAUGUAACUUAUUAAUGCAAAGUACACUUGUGCCACCAAUGGCUUGAUAACCCUUAUAGCUAGCAGUAGUAGGCCAGGGAGUGCAAUACUUGAAUGAAUGUAAUUCAAUAUCAGUCACUAACACAGCAGUGUCAAAACUGGUGAGAGUGAGGAAAGGAAUAGCAGAAGAGGGCUUAGAUAAAUGUAUAACCUUAAACCUCAGAUUUGAAGAUUAUUUUUUUAUGCCCAAUUUAGACCUCAAAAGAGACAUUUGAACGUUCUAGUAGUAUAGAUGUCAUACACUGUAAAAUACUGCCAUCAUUGUAGAAAGGGAAAGCGGAACAUGAAUCUACCUGAAGAUUUAACCUCAUGAGAAAGGGAUUAAACAAACUGUGACACAGGAUGACUGUAGAACAAAUUUUCCCAAAUCAGUUGGCUUCUUUGACUUCAUGAGCUCAUGCAAAGGUGGACUGACAUUUUAAAAUGAAAUCCUUAAUUAAUAGCAUAUAUACCCACGUGUAAUUGGUUUAAAUUGCCUAAUGCAUUUUACAAGUCCUCUGGAAAUAUACCUCUUAAAUGUAUGAGUGAAAUGCUAGAUUUACCUAUUUUCAAUCAGGUCUAGAAUUGACCCCGUUUGAUGUUCACUUUUCAUAUGACCCAUUUAACAUUCACGUUUAUUGGAUCUAUCAGUGAUCCUCUAGAUUGUAGCUUAAAAGGCUAUGAUUAAAUCAUUCAACACAACUAGAUGUGGGUGGGGAAAUGGAGGGAGGGGGUGGUAAAGAUGUUUUGUACCCAAAGAGAAAGAUGCAAAUACUACAUUCUUCUACUUGUUUUUAAUACCCAGAUGGAAUGCCCAAUGUAAAAGGAGGUGGUGAAUCAUGUUCAAUGUUCUGUAGUUCUGAUAUACACACUAGAAUUUCUGAAUGUCUGUCAGUGUUCUACUAUCAUUUAAUCUUUGUGUGGCGUUCUUUGCAGAACACUAGUUUGGCUCAUGAAAUCAAUCUGUUCAGUACACUUUCCAAAAAGCACCAAGAACUGGAAGAAAGUAUGAUGGUAUAAUAAACUGAGUAUUGUCUUAGCAGUAUCCAUAUUGAAUCAUCACCUAGGGCUAUGUACCACUUCACACCUGUUUGACCUAGGGCUAACCUGUAUACUGAUUACCAGAUUCAGAACAAGUAGAAGGGACUGUUUGUAGACUGUCAAUGUGUUUUACUCUACAACAUCUGUUGUUUUAAUGACAUACCAUGACUUGAACCCAAAGUUCAAAUGGCACAUUCUGGUGGAUUGCCAGAAAUCAGUGGUAUAGAUAGACCAAUAUUGCUGUCAGAAUAGGUAGAUAUUUUUUUUUUUAACAUAAUCCGGUGGCCUGAAUUGUUUUGGGAGUUCCAUCCCUUGGAUUUAAAAAGGUGCAUUUUAAUAUUUAUUCUGCCCUGUUCUAUUUCUAUGGUUGCUCUGCGGCAAAACUAAGUUAGGGCAUGUGAACACCCUGAGACAUUCUGAAGGGAUUUUGCAUUUUAAUGGUGCAGUAAUAUCACUGCAAAGAGUGUGCUUAUAAAUUCAUUUCUAGAGCCAGACAAUUCUUACAUAAACAUAAUGGAACCUUUUCAAGCAAACACUGCUGUUUGCUCUCCCUUAUUACAUUUUCAAAUAAAAAAAAAUAUGUAUUAA